AUGUCAGACCCUAGCCAAACCAACAUCUUCACCUGCACAUUUUGCUUCCACGUCUUCCAGGGACCUCCCCAGAUCAUCGGUCGUUCCGCACGCCUCGCCUGCUCAACAUGCCACGCAGCUCUUCUCAAUCUCGCCAUCUGCUGGGUUUGCGGCGAGCUUAUCUUUCGAGGCGACGAGUGCGUUAGUUUUGGGUGGUGCUUCUGGCACCGGGCGUGCUACGGAUGUUUACUCUACGGGAGCAGAGCCAUUUGUCAGGGUGUGCCAGUGCAGGAUCUCUUCCUGGAUGACGAGCUGGAAGGCCAGGCAAGGGAUGACUGUGGAGGGAAAGAGGUCACUGAGGUCCCGUUGUGCGCUGUCUGUGUUGUAGAGGUUGAAGUGGAUAGAGUUACAGACCAGAAUGUGGUUGUGAAAAGGGGACUAAAAAGGGUCGAGAAGGUGGAUGGCGGUCUGACGAGGAAGAGAUGGGAGGCCAACACCAGUGAGAGAGGCUCGAAGUCCCCCUCCACUUGGCAACCAUCGAGGCACAGUACUGAAGGUGGUGUAGCGAAUCACGAAGUCAUAGUCAACAACGUCUCAAUCGAUUCUCGAGAUGCCUCUCGAUCAGUCAUAUGGGUCGACAUCUUCGACCCCAUCAACCGCCCUUCCUUCAAACCGGGUCCCUUGAAGCCUAUACCUCUGUUCAUGCAACGAUCACCAAGCCCUGCCGACCCGCUUCAACGCAUAUUGACGACCAACGACAAAUACCUUCAAGCUCCUCCUCCUUUACGAAAACCACACUCGGCUCCUGAUUCAGUCUGUCCAUCGGAGCCCCCUAUGAAAGACAAAUUUUCAGAUCAUUAUGAUACUCAUCAAGCCUUACCAGCAUUACCUGUUUACCCAGCUCCUAGAUCCCCGGGUCCCUCUCGUGAACGAGACUCUCAGCAAAUAUACACCGCAAACAAUCAACAUUCUGAAUUACGGCACAAACAAGCGGUUAGCUGGGUCAAAGAGGAACCCCUGAAACGGCCGUCUUCUCGACUUGCUCCGUCACGUCGUCGUCCAGAUAUUAACCGUUCGGACGCCAACUCUUCAGCCUAUCGAACACCCCCCGAGUACCCCGAUCAGGUACUGCGAACGCCCUACCCGCUCCCUCUGUCAAGCAUCAGGUCAGCCAGCCCCUUGCCCUCGCAGCUCACGUCGCACUUGCAGCAAACUGCAGAUGCUGCACCACAAUCAUCAGAGUAUCUGGAUCGUUACCAACCCGCAAUGACGAGACCGAUACAGAACCAGGAAGUGAGAAGGCUGAGAAGAGUGGUUGCGAGUGUGAGUGAGGAAGGUCUUGGGAAGACAAGAUCAGAUUAUUCCGAAGGUAGCGAAUGGGGAAAGGUUGGAUCUGAGCUGAGACGAUUCUUCACGGGACGAUAG